AUGUCCAGGAAGAUCACUGAUCCCGAUCGGAUAGAGGAGUACCGUCGUCAGAAGCAAAUGGAAGAAGAAGCCAUGCGAAGGCAUGAGGAAGAGAAAUUGAUGGCAAUGACGAAGCAGAUGCGAGCAAUGCAAAUCCAACAGCAACGUCUGUACGAGCAGCGUCAUGGUGUUGUGUCGCCAGUUCCCUUUAUCGACGUCGACCAUAACCCUUACGGUGGUCACUUUGGGCAAUCUCCAGCCCCAGACUAUCAAUCGCCGGAUUCCAUGUCGGACCCACAUCGAGUACGGGUUUACGAGACAAGGCCUAUAUCGGCGCUUUCCGAAGUGUCCGAUCAUGGUGACUCCGUUCCCUACAACACUUGGAGAAGGACGUAUGUCGUAGAGAAACCUCGA